AUGGCUAUCCGAUGCGCAAGACGCACCGCUGAGGAAGAACAAGAAAUCCUUCGCCGCCUCAGCAACGCAAGGUCUCUGACGGCUUUCUUAGAGCAUUACGACGACCGCGUCGCCGACUGUGAGUUCUACAGUGGGGAAAGCCUCCGCAUCAGGCGGGAAAACUUUGCCAGGGAAAAGUUCUUGGAUAUUCAAGAUUACCUGGAGGAAAAAGAUGAGAUGGACUCUCUCAAGGCGCGUCUGGAGGAAAGCACGCAAACAAUGACCCUUGAGAGUAAACAAGAACAGUCACAAGUUGUGAAGGUAACCACGUCACCCGGCCUCGAGGAUAAGCAACCAGGGAAAUUGUUACGCGACGUGGGCAGCACUUUCAAUACCGACGGUACAACCAGUUCUGGAUCUCAAGACUGCCAUAGCCAGCGGGAAUUACCCUUUGAGUCCGAGCCACCAAAAGUAGCUUUGGCAGAGGUUGGAACUGCUGCCCUAAACCCUAUCGCGCCAUCGGUUGUUUCUCGGACUCCUGCUUCAAGCAGCAGUGGAUGUCUAGCUAAGUCUCCGGCAGGAUCCUUACCUGCAAAAAAACCCAGGACGGCCCUUCUUACACCUCGACCCAUUGAGCCCGCGACAGCUCUCGCUAGAGUGGCACCUCUGCAGAAGAACUGUCCUGCGGACCCCCGUCUUCGAAGCAAGCCAGUUGCAGUACAGGAGCUAGGCCUGCAGCCAGUUCCACCGCCACCACCUCAACUGCCACGCCCACAGUCGCUCCACAGGAAUCAAGCGCGGGUGGUACCACGUAGUAACGCUCAAGUCGAUUUUCAAGACGUGUGUCAGCAUAAAGAGGAUAUGCAGCGACUUCUAAAUGCAGUUCAGGCUGAAAUAAGUUCGGAUGGCUCAAGUGAUUCUGAGGAGGAACAUACUGCAGGCAGUCAUCUUGUCACGGUUGCUAAGUGCAAAUCGCCUCGGGAAUCGAACUUAUGCACCGAGCAAGAAAGCCAAGAACGGGACAACAAACGGAGGAUGUACGUGAAAUCUUUGAUACCCUCCAACAAGAAAGAAUUGAUGGCGUAUCAAGUGGAUCCCAAGCUCGUGAGCAAGCGAAUGAUCCGGAAUCACAUUCUCCCCUGGGUUCGGAAGAAAUGCAAAGAGUACAAAGGAGCGCUAAUUCCUUCUUUGGAAGACCUGCUGACAGAAAAACUCGGUUGUGGUACGUCAACCCAGGAGUUGCUACAAGUGGCAAUGCCGGUCUUUGGUAAAGACACUGAGGUGUUUGUUCUACGUUUGUGGAGGCUACUUAUUUACAAAACAGAAUCCACGGUCUACAGACAGACAGCCCUGAGGAGUAGUGACGCCGUGUGA